AGUAUUUUGCUGUCUGAAUAGUAAUUUUGCUCUGUGCGUGUGAGAAAAGGAAGAAAAGAGGGUAGCCUUUAGCGAGGUGCUGCUGGGUUGGAAGAAGGGUCCGAGGUACUUUUCUAUUAUUAUUGUUCCUACACUCCGCCCGUUUCCACCUCCUUGUCCUGGCGAAAGGUUGAACCGUUAAAAUGGAGGCGGAUAGAUCCGGCGGAGGACCAAACCCGAACUCCGGAGGCGGCGGCAGCAGCGGAGCGGGGCGCAACCCAAACGGGCCCAAAGCAGCACCGGGCCAGGCGACAUCAGCUGCGGCGACCGGGGCGAUGGCACCAGCAGUGGCGGCGGCGGCGGCGGCGGCGGCGGCAGCCGGGGCCAUGCCCGGAUCGUCGCAGGCUCGGGAGCUACAGGACGGGGACUCGGGUAUGACGCUUCCUGGGAUCCUGCACUUCAUCCAGUACGAGUGGGGACGCUUCCAGGCCGAGAAAUACCGCUGGGAGGCGGAGAGAGACGAACUCAGGGCUCAGGUGGCGUUCCUACAGGGUGAGAGGAAAGGGCAGGAGAAUAUGAAACAGGACCUGGUGAGGCGGAUCAAAAUGCUGGAGUAUGCUCUCAAACAAGAGAGGGCUAAGCACCAGAAGCUGAAGACGGGGAACGACCAGAGUCCCGGAGACAAGAAACCAGAGACAGAGGCAGACCAACUUCCCAAUGGGCCGGCUGAGUCAGACUCUGAGCCAGCCAAUCAGAUGUCCUGGAAGGAGGGACGUCAGCUACUACGCAAAUAUCUCGAGGAAGUGGGUUAUUCAGACACUAUCCUGGACAUGCGGUCUAAGCGUGUGCGCUCCCUGCUCGGGCGGAGCAGCCCCGAGGCUAACGGGCCUCCACCCAGUGAAACCUGUCCCGAGCCUGAGCCCCGGGCAGGUGGAGAGUCAUUGUUGGUCAGACAGAUAGAGGAACAGAUCAAGAGGAACGCGGGCAAGGAAAGCUCGAAGGAACGUCUGGGCGGCUCGGUGCUCGAUAAGAUCCCCUUCCUGCAUGGCUGCGAGGACGACGAUGAGGACGACAGCGACGAGGAAGAUGACUUCCAAGGCAUGGCCACUGACUGCAUCGAUGGACCGCGCAAGAACAAGAAGUCUCGUGUAAAGAUGGGUUCAGAGCCCAUGACCACAGACCUGGACCCAGAGGACGAGGAGGACGAAGACGACUCGGAAGACGCCCUCAGUGAAUUUGACUUCCUGGGCUCGGGGGAGGAUGGGGAGGGGGCGGGAGAGGCCCGGAUCUCGGGGGACGGACGGGAGUUAGAGAACCGCAGGAACAAGUUACAAGGCAUGAUGUCGGACUUCCCCCCUAAACCUACCCCGCCCCCCACUGUACCGGGACAGGCUCGCUCUGGAGAAGGUGGUGCCCUGGGUUUUUCCUCUGACGUCUUCAUCAUGGAUGCCGUCGGAGGAGGGGACAUGAACCUGGGUGAACUGGCUGAUCUCACCGUUGCCAAUGACAACGAUCUCUCCAUGGAUAUGCAGGAUAACAGAGAGGAGUUUAAGAAGACAUGGAACCCUCGUUUUACACUACGCAGCCACUUUGAUGCCAUCCGCGCUCUGACCUUUCACCCCAGCCAGGCGGUGCUGCUCACUGCCUCUGAGGACGGGACACUAAAACUGUGGAACCUCAACAAGGCCAUGCACUCUAAAAAGAACGCAGCGUUGGAUGUUGAGCCCAUCUACACAUUUAGAGCACACAGUGGAGCUGUUCUGUCACUAACCAUGGGUGAAGACGGAGAAUCCUGCUACAGCGGAGGUCUAGAUGGAACCGUCAGAUGUUGGAAGAUGCCUGACCUCAAUGUUGAUCCUUAUGAUAACUACGAUCCUGGCAUCGAGAGCAGCGUGCUAGCCGGCCACGAGGACAGCGUGUGGGGUCUGACUUACUCGGCAGUGCACCACCGGCUCGCCUCAUGCUCAGCCGAUGGCACCAUUCGCAUCUGGGACCCUCAGAACUCGUCUCCCUGCCUGUCUGUCUUCAAUAAGGAGAGAGAGCACGGAACGCCCACCUCUGUAGCCUUUGUGGCCACUGACCCCAACCAGGUGGUGGUGUCGUUUGACGCCGGUGAGACGCUUCUCUACGACCUCAACACGGAGCAGAGCGUCACGGCGCUAGAGACACAGACCAAGGAUGGCAGUGAGCUGAUCAACCGUGUGGUCAGUCACCCAUCUGAGCCCGUCUCCAUCACUGCACAUGAGAACCGCACCAUUCGGUUCCUAGACAACAAGACAGGUAAAGUUGUCCACUCAAUGGUGGCUCACUUGGAUGCAGUCACCUGUCUCACUACAGACCCUAAAGGCACUUACCUCAUCUCCGGCAGCCACGACUGCUCGGUGCGCCUGUGGAUGCUGGACAACAGGACGUGCGUGCAGGAGAUCACAGCUCACAGGAAGAAGCACGACGAGGCCAUCCAUGACGUGGCCUUCCACUCUUCGCAGCCCUUCAUCGCCAGCGCUGGGGCAGAUGCACUUGCCAAGAUCUUUGUCUGACAGCGCUGUUGUCAUUCUGCGUCCAACAAAAACAACUGGGCCAAAAGAGACUGAAGACUACAGUGGACAAAUUUCACCUGCUUACACACACAGACACACACACACACUCUCACACCUGUCCUGCACCCCACUGGUUGGGUCAUCACCACAGGACGUCACCUCCCUUCAAUCCCUUACUGUCCUCUGAUGCCUCAGUGACUUCUUGUAAUACUAAUCACACUGCUUUUUUAUAAAAUCCCGGCUGCUCCGUUUUCGAAUAAUCACAUUUGGAGUAACACUUUUUCUACACUACAAUAUUCUGUUCUGCUUUUUUGUUCGUUCUACCAACACUUAUUACAAACCACCGUGUGUGUGCGUUUGUGCGCUUGAACUGCUGACACACUACUCACACUUCACCGAGAAACCACAGAGGGAACGCUCGCACUGCACAGCGCACACGAUGCACCACUGCAUUUCAUUUGGGAUCUUUUUUUUAAUGACUUGCUUGUGGCUAACAUAGAUAUGUAGGCAUGACUAUAAACAGUUAUCCUUCCCAGUGUCGGCAGAAUUCACCUGACCAACCUCUCCGUUGGGAAUUAAUGUAUUACAUUCCAAAGACUCCAGGUAGAGUGUGUGUGGUGUCGUAUUCGGGGGUUGGAGAAUGUAAAAGUGAGUUGUGUGAUGUGAUGAGGCAUUAGACAGUUGCUAACCAGUGUUGAACAAAUAGCUUUAAUUUCAACUUUACGGCCAAGACACCAAGUCUCACUGUAUGUCUGAGUAUUAUAGCGUCCCCAUGAUUCUGCCUCUACUUGUGUGUGUGUGUGUGUGUGUGUGUGUGUGUGUGUGUGUGUGAGAGAUACAAUGUCACCCUGCUGUACAAGAUAAAUGAACAUAUUUCCACAAUCAUGGUCCAUUUUUACAGACGUUACAGUUCGAACUGUGCAGACUGAUGCUCUCACACCACAUUAACCAGCUAAAGAUAGAUAUCAUGAGUGUGCAGUUAAAGUUCAUGGACUUAACAGGGUUGGUGAGGCCAGUCUGGAUGCUCUCAACAAAUGACGCGGAUUGUGUCAUUUGGUGCUUUUUACUGUACAGAAGACAAGUGCGUGCGUGUCUGUUUAUGCACUAGUAAAAUCACGGUGCUACGAAAGACCUUGUCAGUCUUGAGUCAGAAUCAGGGACCUGUUUUGUGUGUGUAUGUGUGUGUGUGUGUACGCGUGAGAAAGAGAGACUGUGUUUCUCACUCAUCGGGCUACAGAUCUCCACGGAGUGAAUCUGCUUUUUAAAUGACAUUUCAUCGUUGAAUCAUUUCAUUAACUGUGGUCACAUUUUAGAAUUAGCAGUCACUGUUAAUGUCUCUCAUUAGAGGGAUGUGAAUAAUGUUGGGCUUUGAUCGUUUCAGGCUUGAGGAGUGUACAGAGCUGAUGAUAAUUUUAUUACAGUGAGGACCACUUGGACUGAAAACGUUUUCCUGAUUUCCUGAGAUGAGAGCUGCUUGGAUCGUCUUUUUCAUUUCAUCGAGUCGGUGCCAGUUUGUAGGCGGUGCUCGGUUCUGGCUUG